AUGGUCAACCAGAGCUCCACAGUGGGCUUCCUCCUCCUGGGCUUCUCCGAACACCCACACCUGGAAAAGGUUCUCUUUGUGGUCGUCCUGUGCUGCUACCUCCUCACCCUCCUGGGAAACACACUCAUCCUCCUGCUGGCCACGCUGGACCCCAGGCUCCACUCCCCAAUGUACUUCUUCCUCUCCAACCUCUCCUUCUUGGACCUCUGCUUCACCACCACCUGUGUCCCCCAGAUGCUGGUCAACCUCUGGGGCCCCACAAAGACCAUCAGCUUCCUGGGCUGCUCUGUCCAGCUCUUCAUCUUCACAUCCCUGGGAACUACAGAAUGCAUCCUCCUGACAGUGAUGGCCUUUGACCGCUAUGUGGCUGUGUGCCAGCCCCUGCACUAUGUCACCAUCAUCCACCCCCACCUGUGCCGGCAGCUGGCAGCUGUAGCCUGGACUAUAGGUCUUGUCCCUGCACUAUGUCACCAUCAUCCACCCCCACCUGUGCCGGCAGCUGGCAGCUGUGGCAUGGACUAUAGGUCUGGUCCCAUCCAUACGACCCUAAUGGCUGUUGCCAGUGUUGUCAUCUUGGUUGUUCCUCUGAGCCUCAUCCUUGUCUCCUAUGCUGCCAUAGCCCGGGCAGUGCUGAGGAUGAACUCAGCAGAGGCAUGGAAAAAGGCUUUGGGGACCUGCUCCUCCCACCUCAUUGUGGUCAGCCUCUUCUACAGCUCAGUCAUUGCUGUCUAUCUACAGCCCAAAAAUCCCUAUGCUCGUGAGCGGGGCAAGUUCUUUGGUCUCUUCUAUACGGUGGGCACUCCUACACUAAACCCUCUUGUAUACACCCUGAGGAACAAGGAGGUAAAGAGGGCGUUCUGGAGGCUGCUGGGGAAGGAUGGGGACUCCCGUGAGAGCUGA